UAAUUGUUGUAGGGAUGAGUAAGUGCGCAAAAGUGAAAAAUCCGUGCAAAAUCUGCCUUCGAAGCGUUACCAAUAAAACCGGACUACAAUGCAAGGGCGCUUGCAAAAAGUGGGCACAUUACACUUGUUUAAAUUAUACUCCUGGCAAAAUUCAAGAUAUUAAAGCUGGCCUCAUCAAAGUUACAUGCCCUUGUCCCAAUUGCAAUACUUUAGAACCGAAAGAUGAGUUGACUAACACCUCAUACACGUGUUCCAACCAGAAAUGCCCAGCAAACCAAGUGCCUAAGUGUACCGUUGAUAAUUGCCCCAAUAAAAUCAAGAUUCUAUCAGUAAAAGGAAAAGAACCAUCAGAUCCCACUAAAGUAAUUCUUUGCAAGCCGCCUCCCAGUUCCUCCCCUUCUCCAAGCUCCUCAUCCCCAUUAGAAUCUCCUGCUCAUCCAGUCCCACCUUUUGAACCCUGCCCAACCUCACUGCCCUGUAAGCCUUCUCCCUCUCCUUCUGCCACAUCCCCAAGUCCUUCUUCUUUAAGUAAAUCCUCUCCUUCUUGCACCCCAAAGCAGAGCUCGCCUAUAAAAUCCUUUAAAAUAAUUCCAAAACCAGCAAAUUCCAAAGUUCCUUCAGGCUGCAAGAAAUUCCUCAAUUUAGAAAAUGACUAUAAUUUCCGGGUUUACAGUCAUAACACAAGAAAAACUAAUUUGCGACCGUCAUCCUCGGAUUCUAAUAUGUCCUCAAAAGAUUAUCAGAGAGUACUGCUUCAUGCCAUUGAGCAACUUUGUGGGACCGUAGGGCAGCUGUCUAAUCAGAUCAAAGACUUGAUAUGCAAGAUAUUGGCCAACCUGAAUUAAAAUAUAACCUGUGUUUAUGCCUACUACUCGUAGAAGGACACAAUUUUUACCAAAAUAAUGUGAAGUUUAGUUUUAUUAAA